GUUGUUAAAGUUUUCAAAGCAGCCGCAGCGCAGCGGCAGUCAGCGUGGCUCCUGGCUCUUGGAGAGAGCAGAGUUGGAGGGAGCCUGACGGAGCAGACCCAGACCGAAGAUCAGGAUCUGAACUCAGCUGGGGUUACAAGCUCAAGGCAGGAGGUGGGACUCGCUCUCGGGAGCUUGCCUUUGCUCCCUUGGCUUGGCUGACCCUACCAUGCGGACUCUGGCGCUCCGGGUCGGGACUCGAGUUUUAAAAUAAGAUGGAUGAUUUGACGUUACUUGAUCUCCUGGAGUGCCCCGUGUGCUUGGAAAAGCUCGAUGUUACAGCCAAAGUCCUCCCUUGCCAGCACACCUUCUGCAAACCAUGUCUCCAGAGGAUCUCCAAGGCCCACAAGGGGCUGCGGUGCCCCGAGUGCCGAACCCUGGUGUUUGGCAGCAUCGAGGCGCUGCCCGCCAACCUGCUGCUCGUGCGCCUCCUGGACGGCGUGCGCUCGGGCCCGGGCUCCGGGAGAGGGGGCUCCUUCCGCAGGCCCGGCGUGUUGGCCCUGCAGGACGGCAGGAAGAGCAGGACUCAGCCCAGAGGCCAGCCGGCCAGUCCGUUCCGGCUCGUGCCCAACAUCAGAAUCCACAUGGAUGGGGGACCAGCAGGAAAGCAUACUCUACCAUCCAUCAGCAAGGUGCUGCUGCUCGGUCCUGGCUCUACCCCUAACCUGCUUGAAGUUCCUUUUCAAAUGAACAUUGCAGACCGGAAGGUCCCUGAAGAACAGAAUGAAUGUUUUCUUACAUCCCCUUACAAAAGCAAGGCUGCCCCAGGAGAGAGGAUUGUUCACCCCAGUGCUGGCAAAGCACAAAGGAAAGCACAAUCCCUGGUGCCUCGAGCAAAGGCCUUAUGCAACUACCGAGGACAGAAUCCCGGUGACCUGAGGUUUAAUAAGGGAGAUGUCAUCCUCCUUCGGAGACAGGUGGACGAGAACUGGUACCAGGGGGAGAUCAAUGGAAUCAGUGGGUUCUUCCCGGUUAGCUCUGUGGAGGUCAUCAAGCAGCUGCCCCAGCCACCCCCACUUUGCCGGGCCCUCUACAACUUCGACCUACGAAAUAAGGACAAGAGUGACAACCAGGACUGCCUGACCUUCCUCAAGGAUGAUAUCAUCACUGUGAUCAGUCGAGUGGAUGAGAACUGGGCAGAAGGGAAGUUAGGAGACAAAAUCGGCAUCUUCCCAAUCUUAUUUGUUGAGCCAAACCUCACGGCAAGACACCUGCUAGAAAAGAACAAAGGCCGCCAGCCGUCCCGCACAAAAAGCCUGUCCCUGGUGUCCUCCUCCUCCAGAGGCAAAGCCACCAACACGCCCAGCCUCCGAAGGGGCCCUGGGUCCAGGAGGAAGGGGCCCGGGCAGCUCUCCAUCACGACAGCCUUGAACACCCUCAACAGGAUGGUCCAUUCUCCCUCGGAGCGCCACAUGGUGGAGAUCAGCACCCCAAUGCUUAUCAGCUCUAGCAACCCCUCUGUGAUCGGCCAGCACGUGGAGAAAGCAGAUGUUCUUCCCGGUUCCUUGGGACAGGUCAGCAUGUAUCACGCCACUCCUGCCUCCCCAGGACAUUCCAUGGCCAUCGUCAGUCUGCCUGGCUCCCAGCAGCACCUCUCAGCUAACAUUGCCCUGUGUCCCCUCAGGUUUGUAGCCCUGCACUCCUACUCCGCCCACGGACCUGAUGAGCUGGACCUGCAGAAGGGAGAAGGCAUCAGGGUCCUGGGGAAGUACCAGGACGGCUGGCUCAAGGGCGUCUCCUUGGUCACCGGGCGAGUGGGCAUCUUCCCCAACAACUACGUCAUCCCCAUUUUCAGAAAGACAUCUAGUUUUCCAGACUCCCGGAGCCCUGGUCUCUACGCCACAUGGACAUUGUCGACCUCCUCUGUGUCCUCCCAAGGCAGCAUUUCAGAAGGUGAUCCCCGACAAAGCCGCCCCUUCAAGUCCGUCUUUGUGCCCACGGCCAUAGUCAACCCCGUGCGGAGCACAGCCAGCCUGGGCACUUCAGGACAGAGCACUCUCCGGAAAGGGCGGAGCAGUAUGAGAAAGAGUAAGUGGUGGCAGAGAGAUGGAUCCCUGCAGAGACCCAUCCCGUCAGGGAUCCCCACCCUUGUGGUGGGCUCCCUCAGACGCAGCCCCACCAUGGUCGUCCGGCCUCAGCAGUUCCAGUUCCACCAGCCACAGGCGGUCUCCUCCUCACCCUUGAUGGUGGUGGCGGAGAUGGGACCCAAGCCGGCUCCCCCGGGGGAGCCUGCCCUCACGUGCAUCAGCAGAGGCAGUGAGACCAGGAUCCACUCGACUGCCAGCUCCAUCAUCAUGGAAGGCAAGGAAAUCCCCAUCAAGAGUGAGCCUCCCCUCAAACCGCCUGCGUCUGCCCCGCCAUCCAUCCUGGUGAAGCCAGAGAACUCCAGAAACAGCAGCGAAAAGCAAGUCAAGACCGUGAGAUUUCAGAAUUAUAGCCCUCCUCCCACCAAACACAGCACCUCCGGGAAGCCUGAACAUCCCGCCACCCACAAGGGGUCCCAGCCCGAAGCCGCCCCCUCGGGCCCCGAGAUGACCAUCCUAUUCGCCCACCGCAGCGGCUGCCAUUCCGGGCAGCAGACCGACCCCCGAAGGAAGUCGGCUUUCAGCAAGACCGUGCCCCCGGUGUCCACCGCCUCCGCCACACAGACCACGUUUCCUAGCAAAUGAAUCUACGGGUGGCUUUUCCUAGGCCCCAAAGAGACCCUGCCUUGGUAAUCUUCCCGGAGGAGCUAGCAACAACGGGGACACUGACGAGAACCAACGAUCUGAUUGGAUGGAAACUGCUCAAUGGAGAGUUUGUGGACCGUGUGAUAUUGCUUGGACAUCGGGGAUAGUACAGGAGUACCAAUAGGCUGGCCUCCAAGACAGAGGGUAACGGUGGGCCUGGGGAGAGAAAAACAAGCAGGUCGUGUGCUGUCUCAGGUUACACCAGACAUUCUGUUGUCCAAGUCAAACUUGAUCUUGCCAGUGUCUCACCUCAGCACGACCUGACAAAUGAAUGCCCUCAGCUCUGCGGCUGGCCUGGCUCAGCGCGGAUUUAGAGCAGCACAGGGGGAACGUAAUGUCCUGCCUGCGGGAUUUCGGGCCGGAGAGGCCAAUGCUUCUACAGUGUUCCCGUCCUUCACCCCUCAACUGCCGCCCGAGCUCCUGUCUCCCUCUGCCACAUCCCCAUCUUCCCAUUCCAGUUCCAUCCUGUACACACACACACACACACACACACACACACAAUGAACAUCCUGACCAGGGAAACAGAACUUGGCACUUAAAGAAACUCAGACAAGAAAAAUCCAUGAUGUUGUGAGAGAGAUGCCACAGACUGCAAUGCUCACAGAGACGCUAUUUCAAGUCUAAAGAUAUA